CUUCGCCCGAGGUGAGAGGUCAGCUCGGGGCGCCUUUCCAAAGUAGCGGCCAUGGCGGGACUGUGCGUUGGAGCCGCGGCGUUAGGGGCUGCGGGGCGGCGGAGCCGGCAGCCCCAGCAGCUGCUCCUGCGGAGCGCAGCGCUGUGGACCCCAAAGCCUGUUUUACACCAAUCAAGGCCAUGUUUGAGGAUUUCCCGUAGUCUGUCAUCGGUACAAUAUGAUCCUAAUGAAAAGAUUUUUGACAAACUUCUUAUUGCUAAUAGAGGAGAAAUUGCUUGUAGGGUUAUUAAGACCUGCAAGAAGAUGGGCAUCAAGACAGUUGCUAUACAUAGUGAUGUUGAUGCCAGUUCUGUUCAUGUGAAAAUGGCGGAUGAGGCGGUCUGCGUUGGCCCAGCUCCCACCAGCAAAAGCUACCUCAACAUGGAUGCCAUCGUGGAAGCCAUUAAGAAAACCAGGGCCCAAGCUGUACAUCCAGGGUAUGGGUUUCUUUCAGAGAACAAAGAAUUUGCUAAGUUACUGGCAGCAGAAGGUGUGACUUUCAUUGGACCUGACACACAUGCUAUUCAAGCCAUGGGAGACAAGAUUGAAAGCAAAUUAUUAGCUAAGAAUGCAAAGGUCAACACUAUUCCUGGCUUUGAUGGGGUGGUCAAGGAUGCAGAUGAAGCUGUCAGAAUUGCAAGGGAAAUUGGCUAUCCCGUUAUGAUCAAGGCCUCAGCAGGUGGUGGUGGGAAAGGUAUGCGAAUCGCUUGGGAUGAUGAAGAGACCAGGGAUGGUUUUAGAUUUUCAUCUCAAGAAGCUGCUUCAAGUUUUGGUGAUGAUAGGUUACUAAUAGAAAAAUUUAUUGAUAAUCCCCGGCAUAUAGAAAUUCAGGUUUUGGCUGAUAAACUUGGAAAUGCGUUGUGGCUUAAUGAAAGAGAAUGUUCAAUCCAAAGAAGAAAUCAAAAGGUAGUGGAGGAGGCACCAAGCACCUUUUUGGACCCUGAGACUAGAAGAGCUAUGGGAGAACAAGCAGUUGCUCUUGCCAAAGCAGUUAAAUAUUCUUCUGCUGGAACAGUGGAAUUUCUUGUAGACUCACAGAAGAAUUUUUACUUCUUGGAAAUGAAUACUAGACUUCAGGUUGAACAUCCCGUCACUGAAUGCAUUACUGGCCUGGACCUAGUCCAAGAAAUGAUCCGUGUUGCUAAGGGUUACCCUCUUAGACACAAACAAGCUGAUAUUCCCAUCAACGGCUGGGCAAUUGAAUGUCGAGUUUAUGCUGAGGAUCCCUACAAGUCUUUUGGUUUACCUUCCAUUGGCAAAUUGUCUCAGUAUGAAGAGCCAUUAUAUCUUCCUGGUGUUCGAGUUGACAGUGGGGUUCAACCAGGAAGUGAUAUUAGCAUUUAUUAUGAUCCAAUGAUAUCAAAAUUAAUCUCUUAUGGUUCUAAUAGAACUGAAGCACUAGAAAGAAUGGAAGCAGCUCUGGAUAAUUACGUCAUUCGAGGUGUUACGCAUAACAUCGCUUUACUUCGAGAAGUGAUCAACCAUAAACGCUUUGUUGAAGGAGACAUUAACACAAAAUUCCUUUCUGAUGUAUAUCCUGAUGGUUUCAAAGGUCAUAAAUUAACUAAGACAGAAAAACAACAGUUAAUGGCUAUAGCAUCUUCUUUGUAUGUGUCUUUCCAGUUAAGAGCACAGCAUUUUAAGGAAAAUUCAAGAGUUCCCAUCUGUAAACCAAAAAUGGCAAACUGGGACCUAUCAAUAAAAAUAGGAGAUGAAAUUCAUUCUGUCAGAGCAUCAAACAGUGGCUCCACAUUUUGUGUGGAAGUUGAUGGGUCGAAACUAAACGUGACCAGUGAAUGGAACCUGGCUUCACCUUUAUUGUCUGUCAACAUUGAUGGCACGCAGAGAACUGUACAGUGUCUUUCUCGAGAAGCAGGUGGACACAUGAGCAUUCAGUUUCUUGGUACAGUGUAUAAGGUACAUAUCUUAACCGAGCUUGCUGCAAAGUUGAACAAAUUUAUGUUGGAGAAAAUAGCAGAGGACACGAGCAGUAUUUUGAGAUCGCCAAUGCCUGGAGUGGUGGUUGCAGUCUCUGUGAAGCCAGGAGACAUGGUGUCCGAAGGUCAUGAGAUUUGUGUGAUUGAAGCUAUGAAAAUGCAAAACAGUAUGGGGGCAGGGAAAACUGGCAAGGUGAAAUCAGUGCAUUGCAAAGCUGGAGACACAGUUGGAGAAGGAGAUCUUCUUGUAGAACUGGAAUAAAAUAUUAUCCUUAAUCAUCA